AAUCAAAGUGGCCAAGGAUCUUCCACCUUUACCUGAUAAGUUUUCCCUGAGCUUUUACUUAUCUCUAACCCUUUCACCAUCUCAACAACCUUUUUACCAAUUUCUCCUGUUGAUCGCUCGACAUUAUCCACCUCAUCGUCCAUUUCAACUCGUCCAACAACAAACCAUGAGAAUGCCUGGUCGAACAGCACCUUCAAAGAGACGCCAUUCUGGCCCGACCCCAACCACCAACACACGACUCGCCCCAAACCCAAUCACUGAACGAAAGAGAGCUGCCAAGAACGCAAAACCACUGAAGGCCAUCUUCAAAGGCAAAUCUAUCUCUUCCGUUGGCCAUUUUGAGAACUGUGGCAAGAUUCUGGGAGCGGAAGACAUUACAAAUUAUGUCACGGCACACGGAGGUACUUAUGAGAGGGAAGUCAGUAAUGGUACGACACACUUGAUCUGCUCCAUUGAGGAGUACAAGAAGAGAAAUGCUCAAGUGCAACGAGCAUGGGCACUUGGAAAGGGAAGAUGCAGCAUCGUUGUGUUUGACUGGAUUGUCGACUGCACUACUAGGAAGUCAAAGAGCUGCCGUGCAGCAACAGGCUAUACCCUCGACCGAACCAUCAAACGUAUGCAAAAUGGCAAGACGAAUGAUAUAUCUUUCCGUGAGAAAUUCGAGGACGGUGUCCGUGCAUCGAAAGAACUGGUUGAUAAUCGACUUUGGCAUAUCUAUUAUGACAGAGAGGCAUUCGAAUACAAGGUGUUGCUCACUCGUAUCAAUUUCGGAACUCAGACAGGAAAGUCACUCAUUGAAAAGUAUACACUCUAUCUCUUUGAGUCCCACGCUUUCCCCCACUUAUACAUGUGCGGCGCGAAACUCUCCCGGUCCAACCGCCCAUGUACUUAUUACCGCGAGGCCUGCCACGCAAUGGAGUUCCGCGAUGCUUUCAAGCACUUCCAGCACUUCUUCAAAACCAAGACAGGAGUAGCAUGGGAUGAUCGACUCGAGAAAAGAAUCCCGACCCCUAUUGGCGCUAAUGCUGUCCUUCCUGGAACCGGUCAACUCGUGGAGAGGAAUUUCAUUUAUGCUCCUCCUGUGCGUGGACGUCCGGUUGGUCUAUUACCAGCUGGAUACAUUAGGCCAGAAGAUAGAGUGGUUCCUGUUGAGACUGGUGACAGUACCAACAGCAGCAGUGGAAGUUCGAGCGAGGAAGGUAGUGGAAGCGGAAGUGGAAGUGGAAGUGAAGGCAAGAGCAACGAAGACGUGGUCUAUGAUACGGAUUCGGAUAUUGAUUCCGAUGAUGGAGAAGAAGAUCACAGGUUCGGUCCAUAUGCGAACCAAGGCUCUUUCGGCAGUAUCAACACCGAGGAAGCUGAUUUGCGUUUGGCGCAGGACUUGGCUGAUGAGUUGGAUGUUGAGUUGACUCCUCCUCCUAGGGUCGCACAGGUUAUUGACCUUACGGAGGAGUGAGAAAGGAGUUUCGAUCGAGGAAAGUCUUCAGUCAUCGGAAUUUUCGAGACGGCUAUGUCGUCGUUGGUCAUUCUUCAAGACUUUAGCACACAUGUGAGCGCUUAGAGGCAUGGUUAUUUCGGUGGAGUUGCAGGUUGGUGGAUCAUUCUCAAUAGCAGGCGUUGGCUACGGAGUCUUUCAAAAAGUUAUCUCGGCAGGGUCUAAACAACAUGGGCAAUAUUUCGGCGGGAAUGGGCAUCAAAUAAUCUGGAGAGGCUUUACGUGGUCUUACCAGAGGGCCUUGAUGCUGUUUCCGGGC